AUACCCUAUUGGUACACCGAACUGAUUGAAUAUUGUACCGAAUUCGAAACGAAUACCAAAAUAUCCAUUCCUGGUUUUGGUUACACAAAACCGGUCCCAUAACCGGUUUGGACCGCUUAUAACCGGUUUAAGUCGGACAAGUUAAACCGGAAAGACCCUCUUCAUGGAUCUGUCCUCUGAAACCUUAUCCAGAAGAACACAGAUCAGAGAAAACGAUGGAGGACACGACAUGGGAACAGAGAUUACAAGCCCUAACUCACAUCCUGACGAGCCCAACAACGAAACCAUCGCUCCAAUCUCAGUUCUUCAUCGCGACCCAGAUCCCGUGUUACCUCUCAUGGGACUACCCCCCGAUUCUCUGCUCUUCAUCCUCAGAGACCCAUCUCCUUCUCCGCUGGUCAAUCUCUCUUUUCCUCAAAAGGGUAUCUAGUUUCGGCAGAAUCGAGACCUCGUGGCGGUGCAAAUGCCCGUAUUCUCAGCCGCCGCCGGCGAAAUCGGCCGCCGGGGAGUGGGGAGUGAAGGAGAGGAGAGAGUACGUGAGGAAGCGGCUGAGGAGGGGCAGAUUGGCGAAUCACGUGAAUCCUCUGGUUCCCAUUUUGGUUCCUAAUCUCCUCCUGUUCUCUCUCUUGCUCUGGAAUCCACUCCCCUCAGCUUGAUGAUUGAGAGAUCAAUUUCUGAUGGGUUUCCUCCUUUGAUUUUGAUGAUGUUGAUUGAUAAUGAUGAUUGGGUUUGAUGGUUGAAUGGUCAAUUUCUGAUGGGUUUCCUCUUUGAUUAUUGAUUAUUUUGAUUA